AUGGAUGUCGGUCAGCGAUGUGCUUUUUUUGCAGAAAGAAUUUCAAGAUUCACGCGUUUUGUACAAAAAUGAAAUGAUUUUAGCUCGUCAACGCCAAUUAAACGACAAUAUAUUCUCAAAUAAAAAGUAUAAAGUGAUUAUUGAGUAGUUUUCUCUUUCUGUGAUAUCUGAAGUUGGGACUUGGAAGUAACUUUGUAUUGCCUUACCGUUUGUGGUGUUGUUUGGAAAUAUUUAAAAUGACGACGUCUUCAGAGGACGUUCUGCUAAGCGUAGGUCAUGUUAGGUACAAGAAGGGUGAUGGAACUUUAUAUGUUAUGAACCAGAGAUUAGCAUGGAUGCUUGAGAAUCGAGAUACAGUGGCUGUUUCCCACAAAUAUGCGGACAUCAAAACGCAAAAGAUCUCACCAGCUGGUAAACCAAAGGUCCAGUUACAAGUAGUCCUCCAUGACGGGACAUGUUCCACGUUUCACUUCGUCAACCCAGCCGGUGCAGAAGCCCAGGCUAAAGACAGAGAUCAGGUGAAGAUGUUGCUACAGGAUCUCUUGCCGAAGUUCAAGAGGCAAAUUGAUGGAGAAUUAGAAAUGAAAUCUAGGUUAUUAUCCCUUCACCCAUCAUUGAAGCAUUUAUAUGAAGACUUGGUGAUAUCCAAGGUGAUAAGUAGUGAGGAAUAUUGGAAUACACCCACGCUUAAACAAUAUACAGACUCCAAUAAUAUUAAACAGGAAGCAGGUGUAUCAGGAGCGUUUUUAGCCGACAUCCAACCUCAAACGGAUGGCUGCAACGGUCUCAAAUACAACCUGACUCAGGACAUAAUAGAUGCUAUAUUCAAAACGUAUCCGGCUGUGAGGAAGAAACACAUAGACUACGUGCCCAGUAAGAUGACAGAAGCUGAGUUCUGGACCAAAUUCUUUCAGUCACAUUAUUUUCACAGAGACCGCAUAGCCUCCUCUUCGAGUAAGGACCUUUUCGGGGAGUGCGCCAAGAUGGACGACCACGCCAUUGCGUCCGCCAUGAGGCACACCACUUUGGAUCUGUCAGUAGAUUUACCUCAGUUCAGCGAAACUAUACCUCUACAGGAAGAGGAAACGGUGGAGCGCGACAAAACGGAUAACAACUCCAUACAUCGCAAUAUGAUUAAGCGGUUUAACCAACACUCCAUUAUGGUGCUCAAAGCUAGUCAAAAAACAAAUAGUAAUAAUAAUAACACGAACAACAAUAGCAGUAAGACAAACAAUAACAAAGUGAUCGAGAACGGCGUCAAACAAACGAACGGAGAAAACAAAGAACACGGGGAACCGCCGCCGGAGAAGAAGCGCAGGAUACUGGAGAAGAUACAUUACGAAGAUCUAGUGGAAAGCGGCGAGGAUCGAGAUGUGCAAGAGUUGAAAUUGUCCAAAGUAGAGAGAUAUCUGCUGGGCCCCUCGUCUCAGGUGAGCCAGAGCAGCGCCCAGCUCAACAAUCAGCCGCCGCUGUCUGCGCUCGCCUCUAUAUGUCAGGCGUGGAGCGGCGGGCAGGGCUGCGCGCGGCCGGCGCGCGCGGGCGCGGGCGCGGCCGUGGCGGCGCUGGGCGAGCUCAGCCCCGGCGGCGCGCUCAUGCGGCACCACGCGGCCGCUAGCAUGGCGCAACUAAUCCCCCCGGACGUGUCUCGCGAAUUACACCGCCUCUACCUAUCGUGCGGGGAGCUGCUCCGCUCGCUGUGGCGCGCGCUGCCGCCGCCCGGCGCGGCCGAGGACGGCGCGCGCGCAGCUCUCUUCUACGAGGCGCUGCUGCGGUUCCGCAACGUCAAGCUGAGGCCUUUCGAGGAGAAAAUGCUACGCGAUUUGACACCGUUAGCGGCGACACUCACCCGCCAUUUGAAUCAAAUGAUAGACACGGCAUGCAACAAAUACGCGAUGUGGCAACAGAGGCACGCCAAACUCAGGUAGUACCCGCCCAUAAACAAUGUAGACUUGACAUAGACAAUCGUGAUGAACAUUUGUGGUUUAUUGUUGUGCAGUUGAAAUGAUGCUAAUGUGCGAAAUAAUGCGUUCUGGCGCGAAGAUAUUUGAUUUUUUGUGAGUUGAAGUGAAUUAUACUUGAAAUCCCUUAUAUUCCAUAGACAAUUCGGUUGAUAAGACAUUGUAAUUGUUAAUUAUUUGUUAACAUAAUUGAAAAAAUACGCUUUGAAUCAUUUAUACCAAAUGAUGGAUAAGGCGUGCAACAAAUACGCGAUGUGGCAAUAGAGGUACGCCAAACUCAGGUAAAACACGCCCAUAACCAAUGUAGACGUCACAUAGACAAUCGUGAUGAACAUUUAAGCAAUUAGAAUGAUACCGAAGUGAAUAAUACUUUGAUAUACUCUUUAUUGCAAUAAAAAUCUUUGAUUUGCAGUCUCCACAGACAUUUCAGGUAACAUUUGUGAUAAAUGUGCAGUUAAAAUGUUACUUGUAAUAUUUAAAAUAGACAUUUUUGUUCAUUAAUUAUAGGUAAAUGGUAAAUGAGGUGAAUUAUCUGUUAACAAUACUAUAAAAAUACUCUUUCCGCCAUUCAGACCAGAUCACAUUAACAUGCAGUAACAAAAACUCAAGGAGUGUAAAAAUCAUAGUCAACUUUCCGUAGACUUUAUUUUGCUGAAAUAAAUUACUUAUAAUGAAAAAUACGCUUUAAGGCAUAAAAUAUCUCAUUCUGAAUUGCUGUAUUAUAAUGAAAUUAGUUUAGUUAUGCAAAAUAACAGUGCAGUUCAAAUACUAUUCUCGAUGUUAAUUAUCUGUAAAAUUUACAAAUACGGCUAUUUAUGGCAUAACGAAUAUGGUUAAAUUCAUAUCGAGUUCCAUAGACAUUGUGAAGAGUUCUUGUGCACUUAAAAUGUUGUAGAACUGAGUUAUUAAUUCAGAAUACAAAAAUACAAAAAGACGCCUUUUCCUUUAAUAGUUUUGAGACCAAUUAAAAAUGUUGUUGUACUGGAUUAUCUCAUGAUAUAAACGAUGUAUAAAAAUGAAAUACGCUUUUUGACAUACCUACCAAGUUUUUCAAGUUGUUUUCAUAAUCGAGUAUGGAUUUUUUCGAUCACAUUUGUAGUACAUAGUGCAGUUCAUAUGGUUUGUUUGUUUGUAAACUCUUUAUUGCACAUAAAAAUAAAUAAAACAAAUUACAAAACAGUUAUUGGAUUUAGAAGAAUAUGUACAAUGGCGGACUUAUCCCCAAUGGGAUUUCUU